AUGACGGAAGUUAAUUUUGAUAAGAUUUCUUCGUACAAUACUAUUCUAAAGGUAAUAUCUUGGAUCUUCCGUUUUGUUAAAAAUGUCAGACUAAGUCCUAAUGAAAGAACUUUUGGAAAAAUUACAUUCGAAGAAAUUAAAGGAGCCGAAAUAACUCUUUUGAGAAUAGUGCAGAGUGAAUCAUUUUUUGGAUUAGAUGACAAAAGAUUACGUGUACUUCAACCAGUGAUUGAUUUUAACAAAAUCCUUCGGAUUAAAACCAGAAUUCUGAGAAGAAAUUAUACAGAAAAUUUUCGAUUUCCUAUUAUUCUUCCUUCAGAUCAUCCCAUUGUAGUAAAAUUAGUUAGAGAUAAACAUGAAAUGAACAAUUAUGCAGGAGUAGAAUUUUUGAUAUCUGCUUUACAAGAACAAUAUUGGAUUUUGAAAACACGAAAGACUGUCAAGAAAGUCAUAAGAAGCUGUGUUGUGUGUCAGAGGUUCGAUGCUAGUUCUUCGAAAACACCCAUUACUCCUCUCACUGAAUACCGAGUAAGAGAAACAGCAGUCUUUGAGAUUAUAGGUGUUGACUUGACUGGACCAUUGAUACUAAGCGGAAAUCAAAAAUGCUGGAUAGUAAUUUUUACCUGUGCUGUUUUCCACGGAGUACAUUUGGAACUGAUUUUCUCCCUAUUGACUGAAAGUUUUCUGCAAGCGCUGAGAUGUUCCACUGCUAGACGUGAGAAACCACACACCAUUUAUUCCGACAAUGGAACGAAUUUCAAAGGAAGUGAUAGAUUUUUCAGAAGCCAAAAUUGGGAUAAAAUCUUAGAAUAUGCUAGUAUCCACAGGAUCACAUGGAAAUUUCUUCCGCCAUCAGGAUGGUGGUACCGAUUAAUAGGAGUCCUGAAAAGAAUCCUUCGUAAAGUUUUAGGACGAUCAUCUCUGAAUCAUGAAGAACUGAUAACAAUUUUGUGCGACCGUGAAGCAAUAAUGAAUAGUCGUCCAUUGACGUAUGUCUCAGAAGAUGCUGCAGAUUUAUCUCCGAUCACACUUUCCAUGUUUCUCCAUGAGAUUCGACAAAUUGGAGUUCUUGAUCUGGAUAAUAUAGAUGCGAAAUCUUUAAACAAAAGGCUUAUUUAUUGA